AUGUCUCAAUCACCGUCUCUAUCGCUCCUCACCACCGUCCUGGGAAUCGUCCCCAUCGGCUUCGGUAUCAACGCCAUCCUGCGUCCCGCUCAUGCCUUGACCUUCUUCGAGUUUGAACCACCCGUCGCUCCCCGCGACCGAAGCCUCGUCGACAGCCUGAUGAUUGUAUAUGGCGCGCGGGAUAUUUUCAUGGGGCUCGCCCUCUACGCUGCGGGCUUUUUCGGCACGCGCAAGUCCCUGGGUUGGACGUUGAUCGCAACGAGUACAAUCGCCAUUGCCGACGGGGCCGUGUGUUGGAGCAAUGGCCAUGGACAAUGGAAUCACUGGGGAUAUGCUCCUGUCCUUGCCAUUAUCGGGGGCCUUCUGAUCCGGUCCGACAGCAAAGAUAAAACCAAUUGA